AUGUACAUUCGUCCAGGCUUCGUCGUGGUGAUUACCGGCUGCGUACUGACCGGUCUAUCGACUUUGGUCGUAGCCCUACGCUACUACUGUCGAUACUACCUCAUCGGAGCAGUAACGGCAACGGAUCAUCUCAUGUUUGUUGCUCUGGUUCUAACAUGGGCAAACCUGGUCGUAAACUAUUUCCAGGACCAGACGAGCAGUCACAUUCGCCCAAGUUUUUAUCGCAUUCCGGAGAAGCGCCCAUUGGUGGAGGGAUACGUCAAAGGCGUGAUGAUUACGUGGUGGCUGUAUCGCGCCGUGUACGUCGCAGCACUCUGCUUUGUCAAGCUGAGCAUUCUCUACUUCUUCAGAACCAUCGCAUCGCAUCGCAAUCAACGCCGCGUCAUUAACGGGACCAUCAUUUUCGUGAGCGUAUAUUCCUUCGGCGCUGUCGCAGCUGCAGUGUUUCAAUGUCGAAAGCCGUCAGACGCAUGGAACACGGAAGUGUAUCUUGCACAAUUCGAUACGGUACCAAAUCCAAAUACGCCCAAAGUUCAAUGCUACGAUCCCACGAUCCUAUUCAUUGUCACAGCAGCACUGAACCUGUUCAGUGACGUUGUCAUCCUCUUGAUCCCGAUUCCGAUACUCCUCAGCCUCGGCGUACCACUGCGCCAAAGGCUGGCACUGGUCGGAAUCUUCUCGGUUGGCGUGCUCGCCAUCGUGGCGUCUUCAAUCCGGAUGCGCGUGAUGACGCUUUGGGCCGAGUCGCCGUGGAAUUCCGCCAUCUACGGCACCGACCUUCUUCUGUGGGGACAGGUCGAGAUCAACAGCGGUAUCAUAUCGGCCUCUAUCCCAUUCUUGAGACUACUUUUUAAGCGACGAGAGCGGACUGAGCGCGCGGCAAGUGGAAGAAAGGUGGCGGAGAUCGAGCGCCCAAGGGUGGGCAGGAAACCGCAGAUUGAACCGCUCGAGAUGGAAACAAUUGCAUUGUUUCCGCGGGGUGGAGAUGGGGGAGAAGGAGAGAAGGAGUGGAAGCCGUUCAUGACUGUACCUGCCAGUAUGGGGGAGAGGACUUGGGGGAGUACUGCGACGCUACCUACAAGUCCAAGGACUAUGGCUUAA